CAUUUUAAAUUAGCCUGUGAAUAAAUGUCUGGCUGCUGUGGAGGUGGGCUGGUUUACAGUUAUCUCAUUGUUUCUGAUGGUACGCACUGAGGCAAGUGUAGGAUUGUAGGAGCAAAGACCAACAUACCCCUGGAUGUUUAACGAGGGAAUUGCUCAGUACAGGCAGCUGCAGCAAAGGACCUUUAUUCGCUCACUGGGAGAUUUCCAGACUAGCUGCUUGUGCAGAGCAUUUGCAGUGUCUUUAAGGAGCGAGACUGUGGAUAACAGCAGCAGCAGCAGCUCAUAUCAGCUCUCAGGGUUGUCAGAGUCUCUUCUGCUAUAGUAUGGAGCCAAACAGUCCAAAGAAGAUUCAGUUUGCAAUGCCAUUAUUUCAAAGUCAGCUUGACCCAGAGGCAGCUGAACAGAUCAGAAGGAGAAGACCCACUCCAGCAUCGUUGGUUAUUUUAAACGAGUCGUCCCCAGAAGUAGAUGAAAAGAGGGAGAACAAUCCACAAGGAAAGAAUGCCGAGAUGUCACCUCAACAGCGAAAGAAGAGUGUAUACACACCUCCAACUAUGAAAGAACUUCAGCUGCUGGUGGAGCAGCAUCUUCAGAAGCAGGACGAACCGGAUCAGGAUUACUCUGAAAGUGACCCCAGCUGUCUAGACGAACUGAGCCCAAUGAUGACUGAGUGCUGUCACAGCAAUGGAGACCCUGCUUUCUUGGCAGACACAGACUGGGGUACUCUCAACUGCUGUGAACACAUCAGCAGCCAAACGGGCAUCAAACUGCUACUCAGUGCUGAGGACCACCCAGACACCAGCUCUAUUGGUGUUGCAGGAACUGAACAGGCAGUUCCCCUUAAAUGUAAUGAUGAUGGACCUCACCAGUCCUCAAGAGGUUCACAGCAACAACAGACAGAAACAGAUGACCAAUGCAUGAAACCUCGGAGGAAAGACACCCCCUUUCAGCACCAGCCACCACUUGUGCCAGGGGUGAAACUUCUAAGAAGCCAAAAUGAAACAUCAUUUCCUGAGGAAGAAGAGGGAGCGAACGAAAGAGAAGACUGGUCACCUUAAAGGGUCUCGGGAUCAGCUGAAAGGAGGGUUGAGUGAAUCUGAACUGAAAAACCUUUCAGUACUUAAGAUCUGAUGAAUGUUUUCCCACCUUUCAGUUUAUCACUUGAGUGGUGCUGAGUCCUUACAAAUCUACUUUCAGUACUAAGAAUCAUGUUAAGCUUCAGUCCAGGAAGCAUUUCUUUAAAGUCUCAAAGAAUCUGAGGGAUACACACGUAAUAUGAUGGUGUAGAACCAAAGACCAAACCUCUGUCUCACAAGUAAUGUUCACUUUGUAGUAUCUUUGCCAAUUAGAAAUAUUAUUAGUAUUGUAAAAUGAUUCUUCUUUAUUAUUCAACAAUUGUACUUAAACCAGUCUUUGUGUGAUGUGAAUCUUUAACCAACUGUAAAUAAAAGUUAAUCCAAAAGCUAUAAAUACAGUGAAAUAAAA